GCGGCGGGAGGGGCGCGUCCUGCACGGCCGGGGCCGCGGCAGAGCGGCGCGCAGCGGGCAGGUGCAGCGGCUGAGGCUGCGGCUGCGGCUGGAGCCGGCAGGUCCGUGCCUCCCGCGCUGCUCUCCCGCCGUCAGCAUGAAGGUCGAGUUUGCCCCCAUCAACAUCCCGCUAAAGAGGAGGAUCCAGACAGUCGCCGUGCUGCAGUGGAUCUUCUCCUUCCUCCUGCUGGAGUUUUGCUGUGGAUUCUUUGUGAUCCUGAUCCUGGGCAACUUCUGGUUCCUUGCUGUUCUGUACCUGCUGUGGCUCUACCUUGACUGGGAAACACCAUGUGCUGGGGGCAGACGGUCCCAGUGGGUCAGAAGCUGGACUGUCUGGAAGUACUUCAGGGAAUACUUUCCCAUUCAUCUUAUAAAAACUUCAGAACUGAACCCAAAUCACAACUACUUACUUGGCUUUCACCCUCAUGGGGUCCUAGUAGCUGGAGCCUUUGGAAACUUUUGCACCGAUCCUACUUUCAAAAAUUUAUUUCCUGGGCUUACUCCAUAUCUUCAUAUCAUGCCCAUCUGGUUUGGCUGUCCCUUCUUCAGAGAAUACAUAAUGAGUGCUGGAAUGGUUUCUGCAUCCAAGGAAAGUGUCUCAUAUGUGCUGAACAAUGAAGGAGGUGGCCAUGCAUCCGUCAUUGUGAUUGGAGGAGCAGAGGAAUCUCUGAAUGCACAUCCUGGAAGUCUAACAUUGAACAUCCUCAAGAGGAAGGGCUUUAUUAAAAUGGCCCUGAAACAUGGGGCUCAUCUGGUUCCAGUGUUUUCCUUUGGUGAAAAUGAACUAUUCAAGCAAGUUGCAAACCCCAAAGGUUCAUGGCUCAGAAAUGUACAGGAGAAGUUGCAAAAGAUAAUGGGCUUUGCUUUACCACUAUUUCAUGCUAGAGGAGUAUUCCAGUACAGUUUUGGCUUAAUACCUUACAGGCAACCUAUUCAUACUGUUGUGGGAAGCCCCAUCCCUGUAAAACAGAACUUGAACCCCACCAAUGAAGAGAUCGAUCAGCUUCAUGCAUUGUAUCUACAGAAACUAAAGAAAUUAUUUGAAGAACAUAAAAGCAAUUACGGCAUCCCUGAGCAUAAAUCUCUCAUCUUCGAGUAGCAAAUUACAAGUUGUAAUUCCAAAUCUCAUGCAAAGAAACAGUGUCUGCUGAAAGAUGUCUUUCUUGCAAUCCAUAUUUUGCAAUCUGUAAUUAUCCUUAUGUAAGGAAUACUUUUAAGAAGGGAAUAUUAGAUGAUUUAUUGAUUUUUAUCCUAUUGGGCGGUGGGGGGAGGGACCUUUGGGAUGCAAGCCUCGAAGUCAGUGCUGUUUUGAAUGUCCUUUUAGGUUCAUAUGUGCCAGAAAUGCGAGUGAGAGACUCCACACAGGUAUUCUUACCACCAUGGUACCUACCCAUAGCUUGAGCAUAGGAAAUUGCCCCAGCAUGAGAUCACUAGCAGAAGUAAAAAUCCAAGAAGUCUUUGAUUAGAGGUCGAGAGACUUACCAGCAUUUAUCAAACAUGACAACAGGUUGUUCUCUGAACGUCAGAAACCCCUGCUGCUCUUCCACGGAAAUGAAGGUGUGUGUUUUCAGCAGAUGGCUACUGUAAACUACUUACAUGAGAAUUCAAGACUAAAUAGGAGCCUUCAGCCCUGCAUAGGAUACUGGCAAAAACAGUUUGUCCAAGUCAUGGAGCAGAGCAAACCUUCUGUUUGGGGAACUGUGUUGAGUUUGUUGUGUGCAUGUGCGUGCUGGGUGGUGGGAAGCACUGAAUGAUGUGACUUUUCUGGAAAAUCUGUGCUUUGGCUCGUAAGUUUGGAAGAUGAAGCAGCUUUGGUAGUUUCAGCCUCAGAAGAGAUAGCAGGCACAGAACAGGAGAAGUGAGGGAAUCAUGGGAACUCUUCAUCCUGUGCAAAUUAAAAAUGAUCCUAUGUCAAGCACUUGCACAGAAGGAAAGGGAGCCCAAUUUGUUCAGUCAGUUCUGAAAUUUCACCAAGGAAAGUGUACUUGAUAAUGCCUUUUUUUUCCCUACUGACAGCUGUGGGGAAGUAUGUGUUAUGCUGGUGCUGCAGGGUGACACAGUGUGAGCAUAGCUCUAGGGUGCAGCAGGUUAAGAGGCUGCAUUGUAUAUAAACUCAGUGCCUGAAUUUGAGAAAAGAUUUAUCCUUAAUGUGGAUAUCCACUUCAGAAAAGAAAAGAAAAAAAUCUUAGCCAAAUACUUUUUCAGUGAAAAUUCCUAUGUCUUGGAAAUUAUUGUGCGUGGAAAGAAUUGUAGUAUAUUCCUGAAUUUUUAUGAGAUAAAUUCUUGUAUUUGUACGUGCCUCCUGUCUGCAUGCAAACUUUUCAGAUCUGAUGUCAGUGAAGAGUUUGCUCUGCUUUAAGCUGUUUUGGUGCCUGAAUAUUACAUCAGUUAGGUGGUCUGACAGGUUGUGCAUGGGCUUAUCAGGCAGCGUGGGCAUCUUCAUUUGGCUCAGUUCAGCACUGAGAUGCUCCAGGAAUAGCAGCACUGGACACAUUGUGUAUUUGAUUGGCUGGAGGCUCUUAGAGGAAGCACAGCUGGGGCUUUGGGAGCAAGGUAGAACUCUGGGAAGAAAAUAUCUUAGCAAGAUGAAGGUGUUUAAAGAAAAGAGUAGACAUUACUUCUACGGAGUGAGAUCUGACUGAAGCAAUGCCCCAAAGCCAAACAAGUAUUUGCCAGACAGAGCGGAUGUAUGUGCUCCAAAAAACCCUCCAGCAACAAGUUGGUUUCCUUAAGAGGGCUCUUCCUUCUAGUGACUCUUUGUCAUCCGGAUGUAAACAACCCUGAGCCAAUGCUGAAUCCUGCUCUCAUUUUCUCUACAAUGACACAAUCACUCUGGGAACCAGGGCUGGAAUUUGCAGUGCCUGAAGAAGCCCCUCUUCCCUGACAGACUGCUGCCAAUGUGCCCACAAUUCACCUCUACCUGAGCUUUCUUGGUGCCAUGUGUGCUUGUCCUCCCUUCCCACACCUUUGCUGAUCACUGGUGAUCACUGUGGUGUAGGUAUCUUGCUUCCUCACUCUCUGUCCACCUUUCCCUGGGUUGAGAUCUCUGGUCUCUAUGCAUAGAAAAUACUGAGUGGUGGCUUAUUCAGCAGAAAUGGGGUUUAGGAGCAGGGUUUGAGAAGAGGAAUGUGAAGGAUUGGUUACGUGAGAAAGGGCAUAUAGAUUCUUUGCAGCUUACUGAUCUGAGGAGCUGGCUACAUGAGAACGGGCACAUAGACCCUUGCAGUUAGCUGAGCAAGGUCUCACAGAACACUGCAUUACACAUUAUGUGUAACAACUGAAGUUGCAGAGUAUCACAUGUAUCUUGCUCAAUAACUGAACCACCAUUGAGUCUUAUUGCUGAGCUAUGGGUUUAUCUGCAGAGUUAGCAAGGAUAGGUUUUGGCAGCAAAACAAUAGACAUCUGUGGUUAGAAGGCCAGAGGAAAAGGAGAACUGCUGACCACAGAAGGGGGACUAAAGGAGGGGUUAGAGAUCGGCUUAGACGACGUGAACCACUUAGAAUGCGCCUUUUACGAAUAUGCAUAAGCCUAUUAUUGAUAGUCUAUAAGAAGCUUUGGUACAAUCAAUAAAGCAGAUUCCUGUUGUUCACUCAUAUUGAGUGUCUGGGUUUCCCCUCUAUCGCGGCAGAGGAAGCACAACAGCUGUGCAUGUUUGACACCGGCUUAAGAUCAGGAUGGUUUCAGCUCUGGAAAGGGCAUGUUUCUAAGGAGGCAAGUUUGUUACCUGGGAAGAGGUUUCAGGGUCCUGAGGAUUGUACAAAGUGAUGAUCCCUGAGCAGUUGCUUUUUCUUAGCCAGCUAUGUGAAAUUUCCUUUGGAUUUGACUCUUUGCUGCCUGCCCUGAUGAGUAGUGCUGAUUAUUCAUGAAAGAAGAAUUUGGAAUCCAUGUCAGACUGUUCUCUCCUAGAUCAUCUGCUCUAAUGAGAUACUUCCUCUCAUUCUCUGUUCUUCUUCCAUUACCUUAAUGAUACAGAAGAUCAGGCUGUAAAUUUAAAAAUACUAGCAUUGGGUUGAGGAUGGGAAGUAACAAUGGUUUUUUGUUGAUCAAAUUAACCAAAACUUUUAGAGAAUAUGUGGAUACCGAUUUUGGAACAGUAUCUGGCCCAAAGGGUAUCCUACAAACAGGCUUUCCUCUGAAUUCCAUGAGAAAAUUUUCUGUGGGCUCUGUGUACCAUCUGUAACUGGCUGAGGUAGAACAAGUAGGGAUUGUGUUACUAUGGCUACUGAUACUGUCAUUGCUUUGUAACAAUGGUGAUGGUAAAAGAAACAAAAAACCUAAAAAACCCAACAAAAAACAACAAACCAAGAAAAUCUCCAAACAGCUCAAGUAUUUAUUGUUGCUCAGUUACCACUGCAUAUUGCUUAUGAUGGUCCUUCCAAACUACCUUUUAUUAACCAAUUGUCUAGUGUACCUAGGACUAUUUUAAAAUAGAACUUCUGUCUCUAAACGUGAUAGACAUGGUGUCAUCUAAAAUAUUUACAUCUGUGUUAGUGUGUGGAUCUGUAAAGAAGCCCUGCAAUCCACAGCCCUGGCAGCCAUAGACCCGUUUUGGCUACCACAGGCACCAAUCCCAGCACUGCUGCAGCCGCUAGGAGGCUGCCCAUAUUUGUUGGAGCAAGAGUCUCCAGCUGCAGUUCCUGCUGGACAAAGCAAGAGCAAGGAGCUGGUGGGAAUGGUGACACCAUUUCCCCCAGCUGUGACUGGAAGAACUGGGGAGCACUCACAUUCCUGGUGGGAUGCCCACACUGCCUGGGGCCUGCUUCGUGGGGUGUUUCUCUUUGUGCCUUUUAAUGCCACACGUAAUCCCAGGAAAGCCAGCCAUCCAUCAACAGGAGAAGCUCUGCCUCUGAAACGUGCAAACACUGCCUCCCUGACGUGCUCAGGAUGAAGUACCUGCCUGUUCUCUCAUGUGUGAACACCUCUGGGCCAAAUUCAGUUGGCAGACAGUCAGUCCUGGAGUAUUUUUACUUUACUACACAGCAUAGUUUACACUUUGUAGCUUUUUAUGGUACCUGUAUAAUAUGAAUGUCAGUUGUUUCAAUGAUAGCUGUGACAAGGAGGUGUGAGAUAAUAAAGCUUUGUACCAAA